UUGGAAUUAUGUCGAUAUAGGGUUCUAAAAGACACUCUUCUAUUCUCUUUCUCAAAAAGCUCACACCUUUCAUAAAAUGCUUCAUUAAACCAGCAACAAGUUGCUUUAGAUUCUCUCCCAGAUUUCAUUCCCAUUCGUCUUGAUUUCUUGAAGAUUCCGCCAUCGAAGAACUUGUACACUAGUGAUACAAUCUUUAAUUAAACUCCUGACUAUGAUAAAGUUUCGGAGAAAAUAAGGUUGAUGUCCGACAAUAUCGGCGGUUGGAACAAUGAGGCUCGAAUUGUGGCUUGGAAGUAUCUUGUUUAUAUUUGGAAGUCUAUCCAAUGUAACAGUUGCCUUUGUGGGAAUAAACAUCGCCGGCGAACUUUCAAACCUACCGUCGCCGGAGCAGGUGGUGGCGAUCCUUAGAGCCCAUAAAAUAACACAUGUUCGGCUUUUUAAUUCCGACGUUCGCUUGAUUAACGCAUUAUCAGACACAGGGAUCGAAGUUAUGAUUAGUGUUGCUAACUCGGACAUCAUGGGAAUCGGAAAGUCACCUUCAGCUGCCGCCUCAUGGAUUAACACACACGUUGCAGCGUUCAAACCCGCCACCAAUAUCACCGCCAUUGCUGUCGGAAGUGAAGUUAUUUCUUCUACUCCAACCGCCGUCCCUUUUCUUGUUUCCGCCAUGAACUAUCUUUACAAAGCUUUACUCGCUUCAAAUCUAAACGACGUUAAAGUAUCAACCCCUUUAUCAAUGGAUUUAAUUCCGACGCCUUUUCCGCCGUCCACCGCCACUUUUAACCAUUCAUGGAAUUCAACUAUUUACGAUAUUCUUGAGUUCUUGAAAAACUCGAAUUCCUUUUACAUGUUGAACGCGUAUCCUUAUAAAGAUUACAUACAACACAAUGGUGUUUUUCCGAUUCAAUAUGCUCUUUUUCAGCCCCUUCCGGUGGUCAAACAAAUCGUUGACCCAAACACUCUUUUCCAUUAUGAAAGCAUGCUUGAUGCUAUGGUGGAUGCCACGUAUUACUCCAUAGCUGCUUGUAUUACUCCGGUGAUCCCGAUAAUAGUGACGGAAACAGGGUGGCCCUGGGCGGGUGCCGCCAAUGAAAGUGCCGCCACGGUGGAAAACGCGGAGACUUUUAAGAAUAACUUGAUUAAGCGUGUUUUGACCGGGUCUGGCCCACCGAGUCAACCGGGUAUUCUUAUGAACUCGUACAUUUUCGAGUUGUUUAAUGAAGAUGAUAAUCGAAGCUAUGGUGUGUAUUUUAGAAACGGGAGUGCGGUUUAUAGUCUUGAUCUUGGUGAUUCUAUGGAGAAUAAUACGGGCGGGUUUUGUGUUGCGAGAAAAGGGGCGGAUCCGGAUGGGUUGCAAAGCGGGUUGAAUUGGGCAUGUGGGCAAGGGCAGGCGAACUGUAGUGCUAUUCAAUCCGGGCAGCCAUGUUAUCUGCCCAAUACGGUUCAAAACCAUGCUUCUUAUGCUUAUAAUGACUAUUACCAAAGAAAACGGGUCGAAGGUGCAACAUGCGACUUUGGUGGCACAGCUAUUAUAACUAAUAUUGAUCCUAGUUACGGAUCGUGCAUAUUUAAAGGAAGUUCAAAUUCGAGCGCCGGUAGGGUCAGCCCGCCAGCAUUUGGACCGGUGGGUCCCACGGGAAGCGCAUCACCAACACAUCGAGUUCAUGAAAUUGGAUAUUUGAUGUUGGCAACAUUGCUUUUUUGCUAGAUGUGCAUGUGUAGAUUUUGUGCAGAUUUGUAUAGUUGAUUCCAUUGGGUCUCAUUAUGCUUAAUGCAAGUGAUUUUGUUUAAUGUUUUGUGUUGAUAUGAGUAUCAUCAUUAUAUUCAAAAUAGUUUAUCAUUCGAAUCA